AUACCCAUUCAUUGGUUCAAGACUUGGAAAAUCAUUAAUUUAAUAAAGCACAAACAGAAACCAUUGUGUUAUCAUUAAAAAUUCUGUCAAACGUCAGCCUAGACACAAUCUAUAAAGAGAUGGUCACUCAAGCUCAGCAGGAAAUUACUGUCCAGCAAUUAAUGGCACAUUUGGACUCAAUCCAGAAAGAUAUGGUCAUCCUAGAGAAAAGUGAAUUUGCAAAUCUGAGAGCAGAAAAUGAGCUUGAAACUGCUCGAAGCAGAGCAAAUAAUAAACUAGACAUAAAUCUAGAGAGGAGCAGAGUGACAGAUCUGUUUACAGAUCAAGAAAGGAAACUUAUGGAAGCAACCACUGAAUUUAACAAAGAUACCCAUAUCAAAAACAUUAUUUCACAGAUCAGUAAUAAAAUUGACAUUGAAAUUGCUUCACUAAAAACAUUAAUGGAGUCAAACAAACUUGAGACAAUUCGCUACCUUGCAGCAUCUGUUUUUACUUGCCUGGCAAUAGCAUUGGGAUUUUACUGCUUCUGGAAAUAA